GGUAAUCUUCUGUGUUGCCCAGUUUGUGCAGAGGCCCAGUUUCUGUGCUCCGUGCUGUCAGAGGCAGCAGACGUGGGGCUGGCCCUGGAUCUCGCUCCUGAGCUGACUCGCGCCGUCACCAACGUUAUCUGUUCUCUCUGCUUCAACUCGUCCUACUGCCGAGGCGACUCGGAGUUUGAGACGAUGCUGCAGUACAGCCAGGGCAUCGUGGACACUGUGGCCAAAGACAGCCUGGUGGACAUUUUCCCCUGGCUGCAGAUCUUUCCUAACGCAGACCUACGUCUCCUGAAACACUGCGUUUCCGUCAGAGACAAACUUCUACAGAAGAAAUUUGAUGAACACAAGGUGGAUUACAACGACCACGUGCAGAGAGACUUGAUAGACGCUCUGCUGAGAGCCAAGCGCAGUGCGGAGAACAACAACACAUCAGAGAUAAGUGCAGAGUCCGUGGGCCUGAGUGAUGACCACAUUCUCAUGACAGUGGGAGACAUCUUUGGCGCUGGCGUGGAAACCACUACCACUGUGCUCAAAUGGGCCGUAGCGUACCUCAUUCAUCACCCAGAGGUGCAAAGACGUAUCCAGGAUGAGCUGGACAGGACGGUGGGUGACAGCCGCUCUCCUAAACUCACCGACAGAGGCAGCCUGCCCUAUCUGGAGGCCACCAUUAGGGAAGUAUUACGGAUUCGGCCCGUGGCACCUCUACUCAUCCCCCACGUGGCUCUCUGUGACACCAGCAUUGGAAGUUUCACAGUGAGGAGGGGAACUCGAGUCAUCAUCAACCUGUGGGCUCUGCACCAUGAUGAGAAGGAGUGGAAGAACCCAGAGUGGUUUGACCCCGGCCGGUUCUUGAACAGUGACGGCACAGGACCGACGAUCCCAUCGCCCAGCUACCUGCCCUUUGGUGCUGGGCUGAGAGUGUGUCUGGGUGAGGCCUUGGCCAAGAUGGAGCUCUUCCUCUUCCUGUCCUGGAUCCUGCAGCGCUUCACUCUGUCCGUCCCACCAGGCCACGGUCUGCCCAGUCUGGAGGGAAAGUUCGGAGUGGUCCUGCAGCCAGCCAAGUACAAGGUGAACGCCACAAUCAGACCAGACUGGGCAAGACACAAGUGCCAGGCAGAAUAGUCCUGUGGCUGUGAAUACACCAUCGAGAAGGAAAGCGAGCUCGCAGCUCUGGACGCUUUUAUGUGACAUGAAGUCUUAUUUUUCUGAAAUGUAACAAGGAUGUACAUCCUCUUCACAUUUCAGUCAAAAUGUGUGAAAAACUGUGUUUAGGCCGUGAAUGUAUAUAGCAUAACAAUUAGAGAGCAAACACAUGCAGCUCGCAGGCUGAG